GUACACUGAUGUACACGUCGCGGGUUUCACUAUAAACAGCUAUAAACCACUAUUUGCGUCUCUCUUUCCCUCUCGCGCGCCCUUUUCCUUAUUCUCUCUACCUUUAGUUGUUUGUCGAUCGUAUUGUAAAGCGUCCCGCUGUUUACAGGCCGUUAUCGCGUCCCGCGUUACACGUUGACGGAACUGGGAGAGCUAUGUGCGUGACGAGGAGGCUGCUCACUCGUCGGUGUCGGUAAAAGCAGGAAGGUGAAACGGACGCGGAUCCCGAGUGACGACGUUCCUCAGAAUUUCUCAGGAUCGUCGACGUGUGCCAUGAGACGUCGCCCCUCGGCCCCGACGAAGGAGAGCAGCGUCCACCUCGCAGUCCCGUGUUGACAGAUUCGCCCUCGGACGAGAGAUAACCUCGCGAAGGACAGAUUUCACUGCUGCUUUCUGUACCGUAUUUGAUCGGAAAUAAGAUGUCGUUGAUCGAGGGAGUGGGCGAUGAAGUCACAGAUUUCUUUAUCGUCAUGUCCGUACUGUUUGUGGGAUGGCUUGCUUGGUGCUCGACAAGUAUAGCGGAACAACCACUGAUACGUACGGUGCUUAUACUGCGCGACCGGGCGCCAGCGCGUAGACGAAGAGCUCGUGCGAACACGAAUAAUCUCAGUGUCCAAGACGCUGGUCGGCCGCAAAGUUCAGAAACGGCGGAAGAGGAAACUCUGGAGACAUCAUCAAACAACAGCGAUAGUACACAGUCCAGCUGUCCGAAUGCAGCUGCCGUGGAUACGAGCGAAUCGCUUCAAGAAGUCCCGAGAUCACCGGAAUCUACGACGACGGAGGAAGUACUUAUCGAAGCCAUGGAUUCGUUCGGCAAUGCUGAUCGAUCUCUGCUACAAAGAACUGCUAAGGCAGAUGAUCCCAACACGUUAGACCAAACUGCUAGUAGUACGUCGGAAAAUGCGCCGGAAGAGUCAAUAAACGACAGCAAUUCACCGGUGAACAACGAAAUCACCAUAAAAUUGAAGUUCAUAAACGACGACCAGAAAGUAGUCUCGGGAAGUCUUAAAGAAAUGUUAGGUGAUUUUAAAAGGAGGCACUUUCAAAUAGAAUUGGAAGCACGUAAGGCAGUGCGAUUAGUGUUCAAUGGCCGGGUAUUGCAGCCCGACACUCAGACCCUCGAGCAGUGCGGCUUGUUCAACGAUUGCGUGGUACACUGUUGGGUGCAUACGCCGCGACCGGCCACCGUACCGUCGUCCACGCUGGACAACUCGUCCAUUUAUUUCAAUUCCCAGUCGUUCUCGGAUCUGCCCACCGGCGCGGGAAUAACGCAUUCGAUACACAACGAGUGGGACUUGAGCCGGCUUCUAGUAAGCCUUCUAACGAUCCUCCUAGGUAUGGCGUGGUACUCGCGAUAUCACUAUGCUCAACUCUUCACCGCGACGACCACGCUCGCGCUCUACGCGUUGACCGCGAUCUUCACCGUCUCUCUGUUUAGUAACUUCUUUCCCGAUCAGGAUAACAUUCGGAACGUUGAAUAAUAUGAUGACGAUGAUGAUGACGAUGACGACGACGACGACGACAACGACUAUUACGACUACUAAGACUAUACUGGGUUGCAAUUUUUAUAAAAGCACCUUAAAUACAAACCGGUAUAAUAUACAUUUUAACGUACCACGUAUACUACAAGGCUAACGGAAUCGAUCAAGGUAAUCUUCGUCGUCGAGCAUCUGCUUUCAACGUAACGCUCUCGAGAUCAAGUUUACUCGUUGGUGAUACCGAGUUCACUACAGUUUGUGAUUUUCAUCUUUCUUGGUGUUAAUCUCGAAGGUAUAAAACACUGAUUGCGGAGUAAUGGCAACAUGCAAUGCAUAUUUCUAUUGGUAUAUUCUCGAAUUUUAAUUAAACUCGUUACAUACAGGAGGCGCGUUAAAUUAUUGCAUAAAUUCUAGCGUGGCGUUUUUUGCAGAAAAUUCGAAGGGAACUUUUUUUAUGGUUACGACAGCAGGUGAUCUGUCUAACAUACUAUAUCACAUGUAUAUUUAAAACAUAAUAUAUAAUACGUAUGUUAUAGAUUAUAUAUCUGUAUAAAGCAUACAGGGCACCCUCCGUUAAAUUUAAAAUAAUUUAGUGAGUAAUAAAAGUCAAUAAUUACGUUUAGAUGCUAAUUUGUAAAUAAUAAACAAUUUAAGUGUUAGCUGUUCACACACUCUUACCCCGCUCUGAAGAGAGUAACAAUAAUAUGAACAAUGAACGUGAUACUACAUCCCCCGAAAAUAACUCGUGAAUGUUAAACACAUUAUUAAAGACCGAUUACAUUUCGUAUUCGCUCAAGCGUAAUUAUUUUUAAUUCUUUUCCCUUUACUCAUUAAAUUCUUUUAAACUGGAGAACCUUGCGCGUAUAUAAAUAAUUUUCCGCAAGAAAUAUUGCUUUGUGGUGUUCAUUACAAGGUAAUUGGGAAAUAUAUUCUAUACGAUAAAAUAAGUUACUCUGAAAGUGCAGUUUUUCUUACAAGAUACAUAUAAUUCUGAAAGGAUAACUUUCCGUGCAAUGAAGAAGUAAAAAAUAAAUUAAUAGUUUAUUUCCCCGAUUUUCACUACGACUAACUCUAAAUUGUAAAGUGAAAGGAUUAUAGAAAUAUUUUCUACAUGUAAUUACUUAGUUAUUAUCUUCGUUUUUCUAGUGUAUUAUAUUGGUGCUGUGUGUGACUCAAAUGUGUUUUGAUUCGCCGAAUUUACAAAAAUUAUUUUAUGUGCGUUUUUAACACGUUGACUGCCACGUCGUUCGUGAUUAUUAUUCACUUUCAUAAAAAAAACUUACGAAGCCAUUCUUUUCUAACAUUUUUUUUUAAACCGUAAAACUGUUAUUCAACGACGAGGCUUCUGUCAUUAUAUAUAAAUGAUUGAAAAAAGGACUGUUAUUCGUGCGCUAAUGACGCCGUAUGACAUGGCAGUCAAUGUGUAAUGGAAAUGUUGGCAAUUAUGCCUAAUAAUGCGUGAAUUGCAGUUACCAUUAGUAUAAAGCGACUUCAUUUGAAUGGAUUUUGUAUUGAUAAGAAGGAAUUGUCUCCGCGAUCUCUAAAAUAUCUACGUACGUUAUACUUAUUUGUACAUGAGAAACAAUUGCAUAGUGUAUAAUUAAUAAAAUCAAUCUUUUCUAUAAAAAAAAAAAGAAUUAGAUUACUAAACGGAUAUUCACGUCAGAUUCCGAAAGGAGCAUGAAAAUACAGGUGUGAGUUUCGUCAAAAGUGCUUAUGGCAUAACACGGGCGUGACAUAGAGGAAUAAUAUAUUAUAGUCUCUGACUAGUGUACUAUAUAAUUUGUUAGAGUUAAAUUAAUAGUUAUAAUAUAUAUACACGAUUGUUUUAGUUAAUGCCAAUAAAUGUCUAUUUAUUUGAUA